AUUGUUGUUCUUAACCUAUGCAAAAACAGGCAUCAAACGCAUGCGCGUAUGUAUAAGAACAGGCAUCAAACGCAUGCGCGUAUGUAUACAACACAUAUGCGCAUGCUCAAUAACACAUUUAGUUCCCACGAGUAAACGUAGGUGGUAGUGUUACUAGUUUAUUGCAGUGCAGUGCGUUUCCUGGGUGCAUUCCUUAAACAUGGAUUCCGAUACCGAAUUACAAGAAGACGAGGAGGAUAUUCUUGUGUACGUCGAAUUCGAAGGAUUUGUUAAUAAUAAUAUAUUUCGAAAUGGAGAAUUGCAAUUAGAUAUAAUUGGAAUAGAUACAGACCAUCCUAUAAUGCAAAUUGAUGGGAAGUUCUAUGAAGGUACUUAUGAGGAUGCUGUAGGAACUUAUAUGUUUUUUGAUAAAGAUGACCAACCAGUAAUCCAUGAUCCUGUAUUUGAUCAAGCUCCAACUUUAAAAUAUUUUGGAAAGACUAGAAAGAUAUUAAAAAUGCAGAGAGUAUUUGUUAAACAAAGGGUAGAAGUUCUCGGUGACUCUGAGCAUAGUAAAUGCAUUCCAAAUAUUGAUACGAUUAAAGAAGCUGGCAUUCCACCUAUGUAUCAAUCAGAAGCACUUUCCUUUUGGAAGGAUAUAAGAGACAAAAGAAUAGAUGCUUUAUGUGCCUAUUUGAAAAAACAUAAAAUCAGAGAAGAAAUGAAGUCACAAGGUAUUGCACUAGAUUCCGAAUCUGAUGAAGAUAAUCCGUUCGCUAUAUAUAAGGAUACAGAAGAAGGGAAAAGCCAACAAAACUUGGUUAAUUCUAACACCAAAUCAUCAGUGGAUGUAACUACUUCUUCUACAAGCGAAAAAGCUUCCCCAAAAGAAGUUAAGGAACAUAUCCAUUCUAAACCAUCUACUUCGAAAACUAGUGAUCCCAUUGCUGACAUGGAUCGUAAAGUAUGCAGACCUACUAAACUAGUUAAUAGAAAGAAAGUAUGCGUUAAAAGUAAAACGACAAAAAAACAGAAAAAGAAAUCAAAGGUUGUGGAAGAUGAAUCUAUUAAAAAAAAUGAUUGUAACACAGAAUCAAUACCUUCAAUGGAAGAACAAAAUUUGAAUAAUUCUACUUCAGAUACUGAAGUGAAUAAUCUACUUGAUAAUAUAGAAAAUUAUAUUAUAAAUAAUUUUGAUAUGAAGGAUAAUGUACAGGAACAUAAAGAUAUUAAUACAGACAUUAACACGGUUGAAACACAAGUGAAAACAACUGAUACUAUACUUGAUAUUGUGGAAAAUACUAAAGAUAAAAAGCAUGAUAAGUUAUCAAAGCGAGAAGCAAAAUUGAAAGCGUUAUUGGGAAAAUUGAAGUCUGAUAAAUAAUGUGAUAAAAUGAAUACAAAUAUCAGUGAUAAGGUAUAAUUACAAGUAAUAUAUAAUUUAAUAAAUAAUUCCGCUUGAUAAUUUAUU